UCUGAAAAACCCACUUGAAAGUGCUUGUCUUUCCUUCAGAGUUUCCACAUUCUGAUUCAACGUUACUUGGCAUAUCUUGCAAUCCUCAAAUUCCCACUUCCUCAUUCUUCUCAUCUUCACUCCAAAUCCAACCCUUUUCCCUCUUCACAUUUCUGUUUCUUCAACAAAACCCCCAAGUCAAGUCCCCCCACCUGUCAUUCAAGUCAAAUUUAUCAACCUGCAACAUAAAAAAUAUUCAACCGUACCCACUUCCUCCUACUUUUUCUCCACCAAAUCCCAACAAACUUAAUCAAGUUACAACAAAACAACCAUGUUGAAAAAGCUGAGAAGGAGAGUUUCCAGGAUACUCACAAAGCCCUUUAAGAAGCCCAAGAAACCCUUUAGACCCUCCUCUUUAAUUUCUCCUUCACCGCCUGCCAUUGAAUCUGAACCCCAACCAGAGCUAGAUUCAGAACCCGAAACUCCGGCUAUGGAGUCUCAACAUUACAGAAAGCGACCAACUUCACCGUUCCUGUUCCCUAAGGCAGAAUCCUCUGUGCUCCCUGAUCCUUCCCUUUUCUUCUCUCGGAGUCUUCUGUCAUCCCCUCUCCCCACAAACUCUUUCUUCCAAAACUUCACGCUUAAAGCUGGCGAUCAGCCCGAAUACAUCCACCCGUACCUUAUUAAAUCAUCUCAGUCUUCACUUUCUAUCUCCUACCCAUCUCAGUUCCACAACUCUUCUUUCAUAUACCAAGUUUUCAAUGCUGAUUUGAUCAUCUCAGGACCGAAUAAAACCUGCCUGGAUUCGCUACAAAGUCAUAUAAUUUCUUCUUACUGUGAUCUCAGUGUCACUCUUGAUAUCCCCUCUUCAUAUUUUCGUUUCUUUCUUGUAAGGGGAAGCCCUUAUGUGACCUGCAGUGUGACCAGUAAUAUUCCUAUCAUGAUAUCAACCAUUCAUGCCAUUCUCUCACUUGAUGCCAGUAUUUCACUCAACAAGUACACCAUUAAACUUAACAACAACCAAACCUGGGUUUUAUAUUCGUCCUCUCCGAUCAAUUUGAGUCAAAAUGGUGUUUCUUCAAUCAUUUCUGGAGGGUUUACAGGCAUUAUUCGGAUUGCGGUGUUGCCAGAUUCUAAUAUUCAAUAUCAGUCACUUCUUGAUCGGUUCAGUUCGUGCUAUCCGCUUUCAGGUCAUGCUGUUUUCACUAAGCCAUUUUGUUUAGAGUAUAAAUUUGAGAAGAAAGGUUGGGGUGAUUUACUUAUGUUAGCGCAUCCUUUGCAUCUUAAACUUUUAUCUAGGGAUGAUUGUGAUGUCACUGUUUUAGAGGAUUUUAAGUAUAAUAGUAUAGAUGGUGAUCUUGUUGGUAUUGUUGGUGAUUCUUGGGUAUUGAAACCGGAUUCAGUUUCAGUAACUUGGCAUUCGAUUAAUGGAAUUGCUGAAGAAUCAUAUGCUGAAAUAGUGUCAGCUCUUUCUAAGGAUGUUGAUGCCUUGAAUUCAAGUCCUACAACUACGACAUCGUCGUAUUUUUAUGGGAAAUUGAUUGCUAGAGCAGCGAGAUUGGCUUUGAUUGCUGAAGAGGUGUGUUACCUUGAUGUGAUACCAGUAAUAAGGAAGUUCUUGAAGGAUACAAUUGAGCCCUGGUUAGAUGGGACUUUUAAUGCAAAUGGUUUUCUAUAUGAUGGAAAAUGGGGUGGAAUAGUGACAAAACAAGGUUCAGUAGAUAGUGGAGCAGAUUUUGGAUUUGGAGUGUACAAUGACCACCAUUACCACUUGGGAUACUUUGUUUAUGCAAUUGCAGUACUUGCAAAGAUCGAUCCAGCUUGGGGGAGGAAGUAUAGGCCUCAAGCUUAUUCACUUAUGGCUGAUUUUAUGAACUUGGGUCGAAACGAAAAUUCGAAUUAUCCUCGUUUGAGAUGCUUUGACUUGUAUAAGUUGCAUUCUUGGGCUGGAGGGCUAACUGAAUUUGCGGAUGGAAGGAAUCAGGAGAGCACGAGUGAGGCUGUGAAUGCAUACUAUUCAGCAGCCUUGAUGGGGCUAGCAUAUGGAGAUACCCACCUUGUGGCCACUGGAUCAGUGCUAGCUUCAAUGGAGAUUCAGGCAGCACAGACAUGGUGGCAUGUAAGAGAACAAGAUACUCUGUAUAGCCAAGAUUUCACCCGAGAGAAUAGAGUUGUAGGUGUUCUUUGGGCUAACAAGAGAGAUAGUGGACUUUGGUUUGCUCCUCCUGAUUGGAGAGAGUGCAGACUUGGCAUUCAGCUGCUCCCACUAUUGCCGAUCACUGAGGUUUUGUUUUCUGAUAUCAGAUUCGCAAGAGAACUUGUGAAGUGGACAUUGCCGGCUUUAGGAAGAGAGGGAGUUGGAGAAGGAUGGAAGGGUUUUGUUUAUGCUUUGGAAGGGAUCUAUGAUAAAGAAAAUGCGUUGCAGAAGAUUAGAAACUUGAACGGUUAUGAUGAUGGGAACUCACUUACUAAUCUCUUAUGGUGGAUUCACAGUAGGGGUGAUGAAGAGGAAGAAGGAUGCGGUGGAGUGGGGAAAUUCUGCUGGUUUCGUCACUACAGUCACUAACAUUGUUUCUGAAACUUUGUUCAUGGGGAUUUAAUCUAGGUGUCAUCAGGAUUUGAUUAGUGUUUAUAAUUGAUAUAUGUUGCCUUUGGUUUACAUGCUUGUGCAUACAUUUUAAAAUAAGAGCAAUACAUGCCCCAUUGCUAAA